ACCUACUUUCUCCUUUCCCAUCUUCCUGACCCUCGGUCAUUCCUCAUCUCCUCUUUCCAUACCCUCAAUUGUCGAAGUUUAAUUAUCUUCACCCAACUUCAUCAUGCGUGAGAUUGUCCACCUCCAGACCGGCCAAUGUGGUAACCAAAUUGGUGCCGCCUUCUGGCAAACCAUUGCUGGUGAGCACGGACUCGAUGGUGAUGGACACGUCACCGAGGCCUCUGACCUCCAGUUGGAGCGCAUGAACGUCUACUUCAACGAGGCCAGCAGCAACCGCUACGUUCCCCGUGCCGUCCUUGUCGACUUGGAGCCCGGUACCAUGGACGCUGUCCGUGCCGGUCCCUUCGGUAACCUCUUCCGCCCCGACAACUUCGUUUUCGGUCAGUCCGGUGCUGGUAACAACUGGGCUAAGGGUCACUACACCGAGGGUGCCGAGCUCGUUGACCAGGUUAUUGAUGUUGUCCGUCGCGAGGCUGAGGGCUGUGACUGCCUCCAGGGUUUCCAGAUCACUCACUCCCUUGGUGGUGGUACCGGUGCCGGUAUGGGUACGCUCCUCAUCUCCAAGAUCCGUGAGGAGUUCCCCGAUCGUAUGAUGGCCACUUUCUCCGUUGUUCCCUCUCCCAAGGUGUCCGACACCGUUGUUGAACCUUACAACGCUACCCUCUCCGUUCACCAGCUCGUUGAGCACUCCGACGAGACCUUCUGUAUCGAUAACGAGGCCCUGUACGAUAUCUGCAUGCGUACCCUCAAGCUCUCUUCCCCCUCUUACGGUGACCUGAACCACCUGGUCUCCGCCGUCAUGUCCGGUGUCACCACCUCCCUCCGUUUCCCCGGUCAGCUCAACUCCGAUCUCCGCAAGCUGGCUGUCAACAUGGUUCCCUUCCCUCGUCUGCACUUCUUCAUGGUCGGCUUCGCCCCCUUGACCAGCCGUGGUACCCACCAGUACCGCAACCUGAGCGUUCCCGAGCUCACCCAGCAGAUGUUCGACCCCAAGAACAUGAUGGCCGCCUCUGACUUCCGCAACGGCCGUUACCUCACCUGCUCCGCCCUCUUCCGCGGUAAGGUCUCCAUGAAGGAGGUCGAGGACCAGAUGCGCAACAUCCAGAACAAGAACCAGAGCUACUUCGUUGAGUGGAUCCCCAACAACGUCCAGACCGCCCUCUGCUCCGUUCCCCCCAAGGGUCUUAAGAUGGCCUCCACCUUCGUCGGUAACUCCACUUCCAUCCAGGAGCUCUUCAAGCGUAUUGGCGACCAGUUCACUGCCAUGUUCCGUCGCAAGGCUUUCUUGCACUGGUACACUGGUGAGGGUAUGGACGAGAUGGAGUUUACUGAGGCUGAGAGCAACAUGAACGACUUGGUUUCCGAGUACCAGCAGUAUCAGGAUGCCUCCGUCUCCGAGGGCGAGGAGGAGUACUACGCCGAGGAGGGUCUUGUCGAGGAGGAGCAGUAAAUGUCUCCCAACUUUAAGAUUUGCUCGCAGUAAUACCCUUGAUAAGCUUACAUUCUCUCCUUUCCGGAUGCUGGCUCGAUGGGCCCUGCGACCCAGUAUUUUGUUUGAGCGCUCCUAAUUUUCACCUUAUCCUGUCUCUAUUUUCCUGCCUCUGGAUCUUGGGUUUAGCUUAUCGAUCACGAGGCCAGAAUAGCACAUACUGGAAAAAACAAUUGAGGAAAUGAUUUUUAAUUGUCACCGGAAAAGA